AUGAUGGAAGAUAAUGACACUACAAAAUGGUCAGAGGCAUUACCAUUUGUCCAAUUUACGAAAAAUACGACGUAUCAUCAAGGUAUUAAGCAAACGCCAUACAAAGCUAUGUUUAGCACUAAAGCACAAAGAGGUCUUUUAACAUCUUCUCUUCCACGAGAACAAAUAGAAAAACUAGCAACAGAAGAGGAGUUAAAACAAGUACUUCAGUCUAUAACCCCUCAAACUGAACCAGAAAAUAAAGGAAGUGAUGAAAAUGAAGUAGAGGAGAAGUCUAACAAUAAAAGCGACGAAAAUCUUGACAAUCAAGUAAAUAAUGAUGAAGAUAAGCUCAGCGAUAAAAAUAUAAAUGAAAGAAAGGAGAAUACAAUUAAGAAUAGAGCUUUGGCACUAAAUGGACUUCAAACACAAGCAAGUGUAAUGCUGCGAUCGUCGAACCAAAAAUUUCCGACUGCUCAAGUGGGUGAUACUGUUCGAGUGCGUGUUUCAGAUAUCGAUCGAGGACGUAUGGAUUACCAAAAUAUCUUGGCUGUUAUAAUGGACGUUGACAAUGACUUCUACAAAUUAGGAACAAAAUAUGGGUUUAUCAGUCAGCUGUACACUCGAAAUCAAUUUGCAGUGUGCAAAGCAAAAUUGAUAUCGUUAAACGACGUUUUAUCCGAUAAGACAAUGUCUUUGAGACAGGCAUCGACAGCUGCUUCCAAAAAUGGUGGCCAAGAAUAA